AUGACCCGAGAGAUCAACGCCCUCACAUCCAUAAUCAACUCGCUCGGCCCCCCAAGAAAGACAAAGUCCAGGGGCCCCAAAUACCGCAGAGCUGCAGUCGCCAUUAUCAUCCGAGUCCGACCCGAUCAUCACCGCUACUCCCAAUACAGUUCUACUCGUCAACAACAACAGGACCAGAACACAAGUGCAGGAUCAAAGCAAGAACAACAGGGACAAGGACAACCAGGACAGCAGCAGCUCCGCCCAAUUCAGGCAAUCGAGAACCCUGAAUCGCUGGAUGAGUUCUUUGACCAGGAUUGGGUCCAGACAGGAGUCCCCGAGAUUCUCUUUAUCGAGCGAGCGACCCGAAAGACAGAUCGGUGGAGUGGCCAUGUGGCUCUGCCGGGUGGUAAACGGGAGGAGGCCGAUGAGGAUGAUCAGGAGACGGCUGCCCGAGAGACGUUGGAGGAGAUCGGACUUGACUUGUCUGAUCUGACUCAAUUCCGGUGCCUUGGCGCCCUGGACGAUCGGGAGCUCUGGACUUCGUUCGGUCAAGUCUUCUUGAUGGUCCUCUCACCCUUUGUAUACAUCCAGUUAUCUCCUUCGACACCUCCAUUGAAGCCCCAGCCAGAUGAAGUCGCAUCGGUACACUGGCAACCCCUCUCUCUGUUCCUGGAUCGUCUGGAGAAGCCCCAGUGGACGCCCAUGACCAUCAACCUCUCCUCCAAACUCACCCCUCGCCUCUCACGAACGUUCCUCAAAGGUCUCUUUGGAACAAUGUCCCUCCAUUCCGUCGAGAUGCCCUAUCGACCAGAAUUCGUCCUUCGCACCACCACGUCCUCUGCACCCUCUCGUCUUCAACAAUCCACAGUCGACAUUUCUUCUUCAACGUUAUCAGGAUCAGGAGCCACAACAAAGGUGGUGAUCGACUAUGAGCCGGAAUGGGACCCCGAGCACAGACCACUGAAGCUCUGGGGACUCACAUUGCAGAUGAUGGCCGAUCUGUUGGAGCUCAAGGAUGGCCCGAUUCAAUUGGACAUCCGGCAAAAGGUUUGGGAUUCCAAGCGGAUGCGUAGACGUCUGGAUGCGGGUUACCUGCCGGGUUUCUCGCAGACUGAUAUGCAUUUCUGGGUUCGCGCCUUGCUCAAGUUCCACUCCUGGCAGGGCACUGAGAAGAAAACAGUGCAGUCGAACAGGGUGGGGUCAUGGGAGAACUACUACCGGUUGGUGAAACAGGCGUUCGUGUUUGUGAUUCUGGGCCGUGUGGCGGUGUUUGCCUUGCUGGUCAAGCUCUUGAAGACGCCCGUCCUCCGCCUCCUCCAGGGCCAAUCCCCUCUCCCUUCAAGGUCAUAG